AUGAAGCGCAGACGACAAGGGUCUUCUUGUCAUACUCGGCGUGGUCGUGUCGGUCAGAUGCAGGAUGGAAUGCCGACAUCUUCAUUCCUGGAUGCUGAUAACGAGAAGGGAGGCGGAGGAAGGAAGAAAUUGUCGGAAAAGUAUUACUAUAACCAUCAACACCAGUACCACCAGUACCCAGUACAGCAUCAGAUCGACACCACGUCGUCGGCGUCGACUUUGGUAGCUCAUCCCCUGAAUGCACAUCAUCGCACGCGGUCUGCGCCUAUCGCGUUCGCGUUCGCCAAGGGCGGGUCGCGUCGCCAUAGCGAUACCUCUGCAAAGAACAACAACAACAACAACAACAACAACGCAACAACUACGACGGUUUCGCCAACAACGGUGGUAAGAGGGUAUGGGCAGAUGGGUCGGAUCGGAAGGGAUGCAUUCGGAGGCCAGUUCCAACAGAUCUCACUGGUUGCGGAAGAGGCCGAGGAGGACGAUAAUGUCUCUAUCAGACGGUCCCUCUCGACAGGCGACGGUCAAGGCGGAUAUGGUUAUGGUUUUGGUGGAUACGGUGUCUCGAGUAGCAGCAACAGCAGUAGGAACCGGUCCAAGACUGUAGCGGUACCUACACCCGUUGUGAGCACCCUGCAUCGGAGUGUCAGUUUAAGCACACAUGGUCACCCUCUUCACGGUCCAGAUACAGGCUCAGGCUCUUAUAACCACCACACCCACUACUAUAACAGCCGCAGCGGUGCGCCUCAUAUCGAUGUUGGGGAUGGUGAUGAGGAUGACGAUGUAGAGGGGAGAGGGGAGCAGCUUCCGCACGAUGCCGAUCGUGCUGCUCUUCCGACGACGGCCUCUCGUCAUCACCAGCUCCGCUUUGCAGAGGGUGAGAAUCCUCAUGUCUCACACUCAUCAUCGACUUUUCCUCAGCAGCAACAGCAGGCAUACCCAUACCCGCAACACCAUCUCCAACACUCGAAUCGCUACUCGGCUGGGCUAGGAUACCCUCACUCCCACCGUGGGUCGAUCUCCUCAGCCAUGGAAUUCGAUCCAUCCCGGUUCUCGACCAUGUCUGUCAUGUUUGACGCCAAGCGCCUCUUCACCUCCUCCCGACCUGUAUCCUCCUCCUCCAUCGCAGCCGCUGCACCUGCAGUACCAUCAUUCAGCCAUCCGCGACCACCAUCAGGACCCGAUUCCGACGAUUCCGACGACGACACAGUCUCGACCUCAUCCUCUGACGGCGGGUUCGAUGACCUCCCACCCCACCAGCUCUCACAGCACUUCGAGUCCCAUAACCCCUAUGCCGCCAGUACCACGACGACUGCGAAUGGGGAUAAGCAGGAUCGUCUCCAUGGUGAUGAUGACGAGAGUGACGAUGAUGGCGAUGGAGAGGCGGUGGUGCAGGGAUUGGGGGUAGGGGUCGAGGUCAGGAGACAGCAUGGGUACCCCGUGUACGGACAAACUAUUAGUCCACUCGCCCCUCCUCCUAUGCCCCCUCAUAUCAGCCCAGAGUAG